GCUCGUGUGAAAAAAGAGACUCGCAACACAAGCGCCCUCGAAUGGAGCGGAGGCGGGUGGCGAGGAUUUGGGGGGGUGGUGGUGGUGUGGGUUGUGGGGGUUCUAGGCCAGCCCUGACUGAUGGGAAAACAGUUUAGCUUCGCACAGAACGUGGCCCGUGUAAUGCAUUAUUAGCGGAUACAAUUAUCACUGAGAGGGAAUGCCCCCUUUAGUGCUUGUGUGUGUGUGCUUGUGUGUGCGUGUGUGCGGAUAACGCUGUUGCUCAGACCGACGCGUCCGUGGAUGUAAAAUGAACUCACAUCAGCAACUUUUGACCGUCUGACGUGCCGCGGGUGUCAACAUUCCGACCUAUUUUACUUCGCCGCUGUCUUUUUUACAAAGAAAAAAAAACGCGUGUGCGUCUGCGUGUGCCUCUCUGUGUGUGUGUGUAUGUAUAUACCUUAAAACCUUUAAAACAACAGUUAUUGGCUUCAAGCGCAACACACGCGCACACGCCGAUUUUAGUGGCUUACCACCACCACCAGCACUACUCUUUCGCUCUCUCCCUCUCGCGUUUUUUUUCUUUCUCUCCCCCCCCCCCCUUCUCUUUUUCUCUCGAUGUCGCCUUUUGAUGUGGCAUUGCUCUUGCGAAGACAGAAGAUGAACAAGGUAACGGUUGAACAAUAGAUGCUUUCACUCCACGGCCAUCGAGAGUGGCACGGAGCCAGACCGACAUUUACAACAAGAAGUUUGUGUUCAACGAGACGGAGAAAAAGCGACGAUUUGAACCGUGUUUGACAGGACUUGUUUAGUAGGAGGAGGGGGAAGGGUGGUGAAGAUGGUCAUCUUAGUUUAUCACCGCCGAGUUUUCUUGGGAUUGCAACCGGCGGUGUUCUUAUUUGAUAAUCCUCAUCGCGUGCUGGAUGGAUUAGCCGCCGCGCUUUUAAACGGAGGGUGGUGAUACUUUUAGAUAUUUUUUUGUGUUAUCUCCCACCUCCUCCCCCCCCUUCUCUCUCUUCUCUCUCUCUCCUCUCUCUCUCUCUCCUCCGUUCGUGUUUGUUUGUUUGGGGCGGCCGGAACCCGGCGUGGGAGAGACACCGCUGCGUCUGGUUAUGUUUCUCCACACCGACUACUUCCACUGCGACUACUACGAACGCCGCCGCCACCGCCGCCGUGUCGCGUCCUGGACGCGCUGCAUCUGCAGCCUCUCUGCUGCUGCUGCUCCUGUUUCUUCUUCUUCUCCUCCUGCUGCUGCUGCCGCUGCUUCAUCUUCUCUUCCUCCUGCUGCUGCUUCAUCUCCUGCUCCUGCUGCUUCUCCUGCUUCUUCUCCUCCUCCUCCUGCUUCUUCCACGUCCUGCAAGCGGCGACUGAAAUCGUUUGUCGUAGCCGGGGGGGAACGACAACAACAACUGCUGCAACUGCAACAACAACUACUGCUGCUGCUGCUACUGCUGCUGCAACAACAACUACUGCUGCUACUGCUGCUGUUGUUGUGAAUGUGAGGACCCAUGGAGUUAAAGCGCACGGCGGCUGCGGCUGCGGUGAUGAUGGUGAUGAUGGUGGUGAUGGUGAAGCAGCAGCAGCAGCAACAAACUUGUUAACGCGUUUAACGGUGACAUGCUACGCGCUUGCAGGGGCGCCGCAAGUGCAACGCGCCUCGAUCGCACUUGCUAAAGGCGCUGUUCGAAUCGUUUUUACUCUCUCUCUCUCUCUGUUGUGUGUGUGUCUAUCUCUCUGUCUGUGAGUGUCAAAAUUUUUUUUUACCGGAUCUAAUUUGUCAGCAUUUGGGUGGAUUUACGUGUGUGCGCUGGGGGGGGGGGGGGGGAGCCGCUUGCUCAAGCUGUAUUAUUCAGCUUUUGACGUGCGACUGACUAAUCGACAUCAUCAGCCCUUCAUGGUGCCAGGGCUGCGACUGCGUUGGAUACCAGCAUGUCCGUGGUGAGCGGUGCUGCAUUAGGGGAACCGAACCCGGUCGAUGCUGCGUACGAUAGUGGCGACGACUGGGAAAUUGGCGUCGGAGAUCUGAUCAUUGACCUGGACGCCGAUCUCGAGAAAGACCGACAGAAAUUGGAACUUGGCGGAGCAGGAACCCUGGUGGGCAGUGCCACCGCAGCCGCCGCUGGUGGCAAUCGGAAAGAAGCAGCAACAGCAUCAGCAUCAUCAUCAGCAGCGGCGGCGGAGUGUGUAGCCACUACCGACUGUUCUGGGAAUAUUAAUCCCGACAUAGCAGCUGGGACAUCUCUGACGGAGAGCAUGAAGCUCGCUGCUGCUGCUACUGCUGCUGCAGUCAUGCAGCCAACCCAGACGAGCCCCGAAAAGGGCGGCAAAUCCAAAGUGAAGAGAAGCAAAAACUCCAAAAACGGGAGGAGGUCGCCCUCCUCGUCGUCCUCGUCGUCGUCUGCGGUGGCGGUGGCCACGACAUUCGGCGGUGCCAAGAAGGUGGUGGUGGUGGUGGACGGGCAGUCGGUGCGAUCCGGAGAUGCGAGUGCAUCCUCUCUCACUACCACCACCCCCACGACGACGACGACCAACAACACCAUAAACACUUCAUCCUCCAGCAACAGCAGCAGCAGCAGCAGGAGUAGCAAGGAGGAGAAGCCGACCCGAGCGGGUCGUGGAGGCUCCAAGAAGGCGGCGGCGGCAGCGGCGAGGAAAGAGAAGGAGGAUGUGCUGCAGUGCGUGUCUGGAGGAGGGGCGCUAAUCGGCGGCGGUGGUGGUGGUGGUGGUGGCAGCCCUCAGUUUCGGCUGGGAUCAAAGGGAGGUCCUUGCCACAGCGACAGUCUCCCGGGCAACAGUGUCCUGAGCAAGGAGGUGUCAUGCCGUCUCUCCGACUUGAGCAAGGCGACGAAUCUCGACUCGGGCCUGCUGGGCAACUGCAUCAUCGUGAAGCAAGAAGACGACGCGGAUAAUGAAGACGUGCCCCAGCCCGCAGCCAAGAAAGUCAAGAGUGAAAAGGCCGAUUCACAAUUCGUCAUGCCAGCACCCCCACCACCUCCCACAAUGCUGCUGCCCUCGUCACCGCCCUGCACACCCUCUCUUGUGGACUCUCUUGAGGUAGAGGACCCUCGGCUGAUGCGGCCUCAGCAGCAGCAACAGACUUUGUCCGGGGCAGUGGGAGGAGGCGGCAGUGGCACCACUCUAUGCCCCAUGGCAUGCUCUGCUGGGGGGGUGUGCGCCUCCACGCUGGUGGAAGCCGAGCCGGAAGAGCAGAUCCUCAUCCGCACGCGCACCGUGGGCGUGAGCACGUGCGAGGCGGCCAGCGUCACGGAGCCCGACUGCCUGGGACCCUGCGAGCCGGGCACCUGCAUCAACCUGGAGGGCAUUGUCUGGCAUGAGACUGAGAGUAUGCUGGUUGUUAACGUGACAUGGCGUAACAAGUCUUAUGUUGGGACUUUGCUGGACUGCACAAAACAUGAAUGGGCACCCCCAAGAUUUUGUGACUCUCCUACAAGUGACCUGGAGGCACGGGGGGGACGCGGCCGGGGUAAGAGAGCUCGCGCAGGCUCGAACGCCUCCCAAAACGAGAUCAACAACCCCGGCGAGCCCCGAGCCCCACACGGCAAGGGCAGGGGAACAGGCGGCGCUAACGGUGGCAAGGGUCGCCGCGGAAGCCUCACCGCCAACGGACAGUGGAACUCGUCACACGUCAACACCGGGGACGAUGUGAAGGCGAGUCCCAACGGGAAGAGGAAAGGACGGCCUGCCUCCGACCUUCCUUCACCCCAGCAUGGGUUGGAGGAGGGCAGGCCAGGCAAAAGGUUAAGGCCAAGCCCAAGGACUACUAAUAACAAUCUAAUGACACCAAGUGUAAUAAACUCGCAGGCCAGGCUGGAGCUGACCCCUUUGGAGUCACAAAGCUACAAAACUCCAUCUUCGUCAGUUUCAUCGCCUGCCCUUAUCGACUGUCCUCAUCCGAACUGCAACAAGAAAUACAGGCACAUCAAUGGCUUGAAAUAUCACCAAGCUCACGCUCACUUAAAGAAUGAAAACAAGCAGGAGGAUGGAAAUGACAAUGAGGACAAAAGCACCGAGUCGGAGCACAGCAGCAGCCCUGUGAAACUAAAAGGUUGUGAUUUGAAUGGCAGUUCUGCCUCCUUAUCAAAUGGUAGCCAGUGUUUGGACCUCUUAAAAGAAAAAUCUAGUUCUCUGCCAGUUAGUCCUCUUGACACAUCUUCUCCUGAGACUCUGCAUACAUCCCAUUCCAAGGGAAAAGGCCUAAGCAAAAGAGGCAUCCGAGAAAAUGGGACCAAUGUGAAUGGAGAUGUAAACCCGAGCGAGGACAAUGCUAGUGGCAGCCCACUGAGUGAAAUGCCAAAAUUGGAAGUAGAAGGACCUUUUGGUGGUAAGUCUCCCAAGGAGGAAAGUACAGAAAAAUCAAAAAGAGUGACCAGCAUCAAAAUUGAGAAUAAAACAUCCCCAAAACCCAAGGCAGCCAGGCCAAUUGCCCCCGCACCUCCGCCACCCCAGUUGGUAGCUAUGCCGGGGGCAAACUAUUCCAAUUCCCCCUCUGCGGGAAAUGCAGCGUCAAUUGGAAUUCAUGCCGCUACCGUGAUACCAACUGUUAUUAAGACAAUGCCAAAAAGCCCACCGCUUAAACCUAUUCAGCCAAAACCAGCUUCUAUACCGGAAAUUGUCGCUACGUCACCAAACAUUACUCCAACGAAAGAGAAAAAGAAAAAGGAUAAAAAGAAAUCCAAAGACAGAGACUGUAAGGAGACGGUUAGCCUGAAGUUGAGUUUGAAAGUAAUCGGGAGAUCAGAUGAUGGCAAAGAUGGGAAAGAGUUUUCAGAUCCAUUAACAAAGGAUUACGUUGUUAAGACAGAAGGGAUGUUUAAUGGAUCUGCAGAGGUACCAGAGAAACGAAUAGCAAGUAUCAAAGCAGAGGCUGCCAAGGUGUACAAUUUCACAGACAAUGCUCCGAGCCCAUCCAUUGGCAGUGCCUGCCGUGUGGAGAGUGCCCGUACCAGCUUAUCAAAUGGGCGGCUGACUCCACUGCAUGCUGUUAUUCAGAAUGGUCUGGAGGGACUCAUGGCCUCAAACACCAACAGCCCAGCUUACUCGGACAUAUCGGAUGAUGGUGAAGACAGGGAGGGUGAGCAUGUCAAAAAGGUACCACCAACCAAAGUGCUUGGCUUCAACGAUGCAGAGCUUACAACUCUGGACACUCGUGCAAUACAGAGUGAUGAUCAGACGUCGUUUUACUCCGACUACAAUGCUUACUACUCGCCGUCGUCGAAGCUACAGUCGAACGUGAAUGCUCCCAAUGACAGCAUGCUGACCCAAAUUGGACAAAUUAAAAAGGAGGACGAUGGCUCAGGUUGUGGAAGUGGCAAUGGACAAAUGGUGGACGGUGACAAAGCUGACCUCACUUCGCAGCAUCAGUCCGUCAUCCAGCAGGGUGCCCCACUUUCUCCUCGGUCACUUUACUACCAGCAGUACGCGUAUGGUUAUGGUUACUAUGACCCCAGGUAUCGUAGCCAGCCGUUCAACAGCAGCCCGAACUCUGACCCGCCGACGGCAAUCAAACACAACGAGAAAAAGAGUAAGCAUCGGAGCAAAGACUUGUCAAAAUCUGGGGAGGGAAAGAGAAAGUCUGUCCCAUCAGCUACUGCUAGUGCCCCAAAGUCUGCCUUAAACUUUGACACUGCCAAAGGCACAGGUUCCGAAGUCCUGAAAGGAGGCUCUGUGUUUUCUGAAGAGCUGCCAGUGAUGUCUACUCAACAAGAGGAAGGUCUUGCAGCAAGGCAAACCCAAAACCACAUCCCCAUUACAGAGGAACUAAAGCCAACAACCGAAUGUGCUGACCACUCUGGAAUGGAUCAAAGUGGACUCUAUAAACAGGAAUUCGACGUAAACCAGUGGCAGCAGCUGUAUUACGCACAGUACCUGGAGCAGCACCGAGCCGAAGAGGAACGCUGGAAGAAGAUGGAGAAGAAGCACAAGGAGGCGAACAAAGAGGGCGAGAGGAGUGAAAGCAAAGGGGACUCCAGGGAUGGCAAGAGGCCCCUGUCGGGCUCAAACGUGACCGACACUGGGGAGGACAAAGACGAUGGGAAGUCGAGCUCGGCUUCAAAGGAAUCUCAGCCAGGAGUGAACGCUUCAGGCUCCUUCCUUCAGUACAUGUCGCAGAAUCCUUACGCGCAGAUGUACGACCCCAACCAUCCCGCGUACCGUGGCGUGCCCCCCAUGAUGAUGCAUUUCUAUGCAGGAGGCUACCUUUCUCCAAGCCUGUACUACACUGGCUAUGGGAAGAUGUCUGGCCAAGAGGAAGGCGAAUGUGAGAGGCAGACGGGAGGAAAGUCCAUGGAGGGCAAGACUUCUGAUCAGCAGCUUUCCAGGCAGUCACCAAACAUGAGUGAUAAGUCGACCUUGGAGAAGGACAAAGAGGGUGGCGGAGAGAAGGGUAAAAAGCGCCUGACGCCUCCUCCACAGAGGCACUCCCAUCACUCUCCCCACACGGGGGUGGGCUACCCCGGUCUCUCUACGCAGUACGAGCACUACCCAGCAGGAGUCCCCUCAGGUCCUCCUGCCACUGCCCAGACCCCGUCCUCUUCAUUUACAUCCCAACAGAGAACAGAGUGUAAAGGGACUGAUGAAGCCUUUUACAGUAUCAUGUGAUUGGAUCACAUGAAAUGAUUCUAGCUGCUUUUAGACACAUCAGUUCAAUGGUGUACUUGUAUUUGCCUUGCUCUUGGCAGAUUAAACCCAAUUACCCCAACCUUCCUUACUCUUCCCCUUUCCAGCUUUGUAUAAAGAUAUUGUUUUAUUACUGUGGAUUAGAGUUAAUUUUGGCCAAUAUCAAACCUUGAAAAAAACAACAACUCAUUUUGUUUUGUCAACAAACUACAUAUACUUCACAAUCCAUGUUGUAUUAAAAACAGAUGCUCAGUGUUCCUUCAAAUUAGUUUUAUUAAAAAUGUAUUGUUUUACAAUGGCGGUAUGUUAGUAGAGCUGUUAAAGGUGUUACAUCCUCUUGCGCUACUGUCCAUUUAAUCAUGCACAUGUGCCCGCGAGUUGUAACCCGCAUUUACCUUCCACCAGUGUCACUAUAAUUUAUUAACCGAUCUUUUACAUUGCAAAGCAAGAGCACGCUUGACAGUAAAGCAUUCAAAUACCAUGAGAUGUUCGAAACGCGUGUAAAAUGUAAUUUAUAAGCGAUUGGAUCGUGUCAUCAUUUACCCGUUCCUCUGAUCCCAUUUGUUUACUCAUAGGAUGUCCAUUCAUGCACUUUGUAUCACAAUGCAUACUAGAAAAGAAAAAUGAAACGUUUGCACAUUUGCGCAACUAAUCGUAAAAAAUAGGCCUACCUGUAGAAAGAAAGAUAUUGGGGGUUUUUGAUGGUGCUUUUAUCGCUGUUUUGUGAGAUUUCCCUCAAGCUGUGCCUCAUUGAAUGUACAGUAGCACACCUGCAUAACUUCCUUGCCCAUGACUGCAGUGCUACAGGUACUGUGGUCAAGACCAUCAAAGGCUGCUCAGAAAUUUGCUUCAAAACCGAUAUGUGAAUUUACCUUUGCCUGGACAUGCGCUGCUUGCUUUGUCGAAAAUUUUCGCAUCUUGGCAACAUGAAAUUUGAAAGUGGCUGCCAUUAGAGAAAAUUUUUACAUCCGUUGUUUGGACCAUGGUUGUAAAUGUGUUUCCUCAAGAGGUGCAUAUUUUUUAGCAAGCCGGCUUUGUGUGUGUUUUAAUGAGCAUUUUCUGUGUUCAGUACAGUUUGGCAGUUACCUGUACAUCAUGGGUCAGGGUUUGUGUGUUUUGUUACUUGAAGCUGUAGUUAUUAUAUAAAAUGUUUACACUAGACACCUGUACAGUUUUUUGGACGUCAUGACAAGCUGUGUUCUGGUUUUAUUUUAUGUACAUUGCACAUGAAAAGUUUUACUUUUCAUUUUGUAAACUUGCCUUGUAUUAUUAGGCGGUUCAAUAAAAGAUUACUUUUUUGUACAAUG